AGAGAGGAGGGGCGGGUUGGCAGGCACCUCGGGAACCUCUCGGUGGGCUGUGUGUGAGAGCGAGUCGAGAAGGAGGGAGGCAGCGCGCCUAUGACUGGGAGAGGCGUGCAGAGGAGAGUCGCGCGCGGAGGACACUCGGGAAGGAGGAGCCGGGCUCUGCUCCUGUAGGGACCUGGGGCUGGCGCGCAGCGCUCGUUCCUCUGACAGACCCCUGACGCGCGGAGCAUGAGCCCGAGUCCCGUUGGAGCGCUGCUGGGGGAGACGGCCUCGGCUCAGCCCUGAGACGCUGGACUGGGGUUGGGACCCCGCGCGCCCGGGGCGCUGGGCCCAGCGGUGGGGCUGGGGCUGGCGCUGGGGCUGGGGCUUGCGGCGGCCGCCGGGGCGCAACGCUAUGGGGAGUCCCCGCGCUGCGCUGCUCCUCCUGCUCCUGCGCCCGGUCAAGCUGCUGCGGCGGCGCUUCCGGCUGCUGCUGGUUCUCGCCGUGGUGUCCGUGGGGCUCUGGACUCUUUAUUUGGAACUGGUGGCGUCAGCCCAGGUCGGCGGGAAUCCCCUGAACCGGAGGUAUGGCAGCUGGAGAGAACUGGCCAAGGCUCUGGCCAGCAGGAACAUUCCAGCUGUGGAUCCACAUCUCCAGUUCUACCACCCCCACAGGCUAGGCUCCCAGGACCAGGACUUGGAGCGACGGAGCAGUAACAGCAGCUAUCUGAAGUGGAAUAAGGCUGUCCCCUGGCUCUCAGAGUUCCGGGGCCACGCCAACCUGCAUGUGUUUGAAGACUGGUGUGGUAGUUCCGUCCAGCAGCUCAGGAGGAACCUCCACUUCCCACUGUACCCCCACAUACGCACGACUCUGAGGAAGCUGGCCGUAUCCCCCAAAUGGACCAACUAUGGCCUCCGCAUCUUUGGCUACCUGCACCCCUUCACUGAUGGGACAAUCCAGUUUGCUAUCGCUGCAGACGACAAUGCGGAAUUCUGGCUGAGCGAGGAUGACCAGGUCUCAGGCCUUCAGCUGCUGGCCAGUGUGGGCAAGACUGGAAAAGAGUGGACUGCCCCAGGAGAGUUCGGGAAAUUUCGGAGUCAAAUUUCCAAGCCAGUGAGCCUGUCAGCCUCCCGCAGGUACUACUUUGAGGUGCUGCACAAGCAGAAUGAUGAGGGCACUGAUCACGUGGAAGUCGCGUGGCGACGGAAUGAGCCUGGAGCCAAGUUCACCAUCAUUAACUCCCCUUCGUUGUCCCUCUUCACAAAUGAGACGAUCCUAAGGAUGGACGAGGUGGGCCACAUCCCACAGACUGCAGCCAGCCACGCCAGCUCCCCAGACUCUCUUCCCACAGAGGAGCAGCCCCUCGCCGACAUGCUUCGGCCCGACCCUCGGGACACCCUCUAUCGAGUGCCUCUGAUCCCCAAGUCUCAUCUCCGCCACGUCCUGCCUGAUUGUCCCUACAAACCCAGCUACCUGGUGGAUGGGCUCCUCCUGCAGCGCUACCAGGGCCUCCGGUUUGUUCAUCUGUCCUUCGUUUACCCCAAUGACUACACCCGCCUGAGCCACAUGGAAACCCAUAACAAAUGCUUCUACCAGGAAAGCACGUUCUACCAAGACAGGUUCAGCUUUCAGGAAUACAUCAAGAUUGACCAACCUGAGGAACGCGAGCCGGAGCAGCCAGGUUUUGAGGAAGGCCUUCUGGAAGAGUCCCAGUAUGGAGAGGCGGCAGAGGAGACCCCUGCCUCCAAGGACCAGAAUGCCAGGAGGCCAGAGGGAAACCAAGUGCCUACUUCUACCCCGGGGCAGGACGUCACUGACUACCGCCUCCGAAGCCUGCGGAAACUCCUGGCGCGGCCCCGGGAGGGGCUGCCGGCCCCCUUUUCCAAACAGAGCUCUACAGCUCCCCUCCCAGUGAGGACCAGCAAUGUCCCAGGGCAGCAACCAGAGAAGCGGGGGAGAAAAACCAGCCCUGAGCCCAGCCAGGAUCCACCUCACUCUGCCAAGUGGCCCCCUGGGCACCUGGUAGGGAACCGGCCUCAAGUUAAAAGGCCGGGGCCCACAGGUGACAGCCCCAGGAAGACUCUAGGGCAGUCACAGUGGCUUAGUCAAGUCGAGUCCUACAUUGCAAAGCAGAGGAGGGGUGACAGGAUGGAGCCUCUGGCCCCGAGGAGGGGCUGGCCUGGGGAGGAGGAGGUGGUGGCAGCUGCAGGCCGGGAAGGACAAGUGGAGGGAGAGGAAGAGGGUGAAGAAGAGGAAGAGGAAGAGGAUGUGAGUGAGGUGUUUGAAUACGUGCCCAUGUUUGACCCAGUGGUGAACUGGGACCAGACCUUCAGUGCACGGAACCUUGACUUCCAAGCCCUGCGGAGCGACUGGAUUGAUCUGAACUGUAACACGUCUGGCAACCUGCUGCUGCCGGAGCAGGAGGCUCUUGAGAUCACACGGGUCUUCUUAAAGAAGCUCAACCAGAGGAGCCGGGGGAGAUACCAGCUACGGCGCAUUGUGAAUGUGGAGAAGCGUCAGGACCAGCUACGUGGGGGUCGCUACCUCCUGGAGCUUGAGUUGCUGGAGCAAGGCCAGCGCCUGGUGCGGCUCUCUGAGUAUGUGUCUGCGCGAGGCUGGCAGGGCAUCGAUCCAGCCGGCGGGGAAGAGGCCGAGGCCCGGAACCUUCAGGGCCUGGUUUGGGGCCCACGCAACCGCCGGAGACGUGUUUUGAGUGUCCAGGCCCCAGAGCCCAAGCUGUGCUGGCCCCAGGGCUUCUCCUGGGAUCACCGCGCCGUGGUCCACUUCAUCGUGCCUGUGAAGAACCAGGCACGCUGGGUGCAGCAGUUCAUCAGAGACAUGGAAAAGCUGUUCCAAGUCACCGGGGACUCACACUUCAACAUCAUCAUCACUGACUACAGCAGUGAGGACAUGGAUGUUGAGAUGGCCCUGAAGAGGUCCAAGCUGCGGAGCUACCAGUACAUGAAGCUGAGUGGAAACUUCGAGCGCUCGGCCGGACUUCAGGCUGGCAUAGACCUAGUGAAGGACCCGCACAGCAUCGUCUUCCUCUGCGACCUCCACAUCCACUUCCCCGCUGGAGUCGUCGAUACCAUCCGGAAGCACUGUGUGGAGGGCAAGAUGGCCUUCGCCCCCAUGGUGAUGCGGCUGCAUUGCGGGGCCACCCCGCAGUGGCCUGAGGGCUACUGGGAGGUGAAUGGAUUUGGGCUGCUUGGCAUCUACAAGUCAGACCUGGCCAGGAUCGGGGGCAUGAACACCAAGGAGUUCCGAGACCGCUGGGGUGGGGAAGACUGGGAGCUGCUGGACAGGAUCCUCCAAGCAGGCCUGGAAGUGGAACGUCUCUCCCUCAGGAAUUUCUUCCAUCACUUCCAUUCCAAGCGAGGCAUGUGGAAUCGCCGCCAGAUGAAGAUGCCGUAAUCCUGAGCAGUGGCCCGCUGGACCAACAACUUCCUGCCCUUGACUUGCAGCUGCUCCCUCAGCAGCCUGCUGACUGCUGGGGGGAGCGAGGAGGGAGCAGAAGCCAUUGCUGGGCCCAGAGAGGCCUCAGCACUAACACCCCCACUCCACAGGAGCUGUCCCCUCACACGGAACAGCUGCUAAGGCCCCCCUCCAUCCUCUGGGCCUCCAGAGGAAGGACUUGGGGAAGGGGGCCAGGAGGAAGCUCCCUCAGUCACAGGUGGAACAGCUCCUGGGAGGGCUGUGCAGUUAGGUCCGGGAGGGGCCUGCCUGAGUGACACCCGCCUGGAUCCUCGAAGUGUGUGCCAGCCUCCCCCUGGUGCUCCUCCACAGCCGGAGCAGUGACCAGGAACGGGAAGCUCUUCGGUUGGACAUUUUUCAUUGGUUUUUAUUUUUAAAUCAGAAAAGAAAAACUGUAACUGUCCAGGCCCAGCAUGGACUGUGAGAGGGGGGUGGAGUGGUGCCUUUUGGGAGCAUCCCCACUUGCAUACCUCAGACGAACUCCUGUGUAGAGCUGCGUCCCUCGGCCCUGGGCCCAGAGCUGAUUUAUAACCAGAGGAGCUGGCCCCUCGAGGAGCACUUCCUCCGCUCCACCACAGGCUCAUGCCUUCCAGGGACACGCACAUCUCUCCCAGGUAGCCACCAAACAGCUGGCCACCAACCAGGGCAUUAAGCUUAUCCUCUGUGCAGUACUCACUUCAGACCCAUCAGAGGCACAGCACUGGCAUUGGCCUCCUGGUGCCACAGAGGGUUGGGAGAUGAAGCGGUGGGCAAUGGGCUCGUCCUCAUGUUUGGCACCUAGGCCAAGCAGGACAGGCAAGGUGGAGGAGGCCGAGAGGAAGAGGAUGUGGGUGUGAGAAAGUAAACCAUGAUUAGACGGAGAGAAGCAGCGGGGUCCAGCAGGAAGGGAUGAAAAGGGAACUGGAAAGCUUGAGUCCACUGGGCACAGCUCCCCCGGACUUGCCCUCCUGUAGGGAGUGCCCCAGCCAUGGCCUUGAGUGGAAGAAGAGGAAGGGCUGCGUGAACCGGAGAACCAUAAAAACCGGGACCAGGGUAGGAAGCGGCAGGGUGACAAGUCUGGGGACCUCUGGGGAGGUGAGGACAUCGUUCUGAGAUCUCUUCCCCAAGUGGAAGGGAGCAGGGGCGAGGAGGAGCUGAAAAGUGAAGCUAGUUCAGGGAAAAUAGCCCUUGGCCUUUGUAGUCUAGGCCACCCUUUCCGUCACCUGAUGAUCACACACUUAUCUUGCACUAAUGAUCCCCAGGUGCCUUUGCACCUGGGCAUUUUUCUACUGCUGCUGCUGCCUCUUCUGCUGCUGCUGCUGAAUUCACCAGUGGUGCAUUGGACACUGGAUCCUAGACUCCAGUGGCUGUUUAGGGAGGCAAACACAGGGCCGCCUGCUGUGAGGAAGGGAGGCCAGUCGGCAGCAGGCCCAGGCUCCACGCUGUGACAGUCUGAGGCACAGCAUUUGGAGAGCCCACCUGACAAGUUCUGUAGUCACCCAGAGCAUGAACUUGGCAUGGGGGAGAAUGAGUCUACUGAGAACUCCCGAGCUCGAGGAGAAUCUUUGCCUCUGUCAUAAGAAAUCAGGAAGGACAAGAACUUCUCAGUGACUCAGUGGCUUAUGGAUGCCCAUACCUGCCCCCGGGGCUGUGGCUCUUUAGGGUCCCUGCUCCAGCUUACUGACUGCCUUGGGGAAGGUCUGUGGGGAGCAGGCUAGAGCUGCAGUUGGCCAGCUGGGGUGCUAGGUUUCUUUCUGGGGCCACUCUUCAUCGUUGGGUCUUCACAGGGAGGCCUGAGCCCACCCAGACAGCCCUCCUGCUUCACGUCUCCGGACAAGAGGAGCCAGCCCAGCCUCCCUGCCCUGCCCACCCCGCCCCUCUGCCCCUGGCCAGUGCCUUGUGUGUGAUGUUUGUUACCUCCACACCAUCUGCCUUAAGGGGGAGGACCUGGCGAGGGCUCCUACCCUGUAGGGAAAUGUCUGGGGUGGGGGAGGGACUGGGACGCUGGGAGGGAAGCGUUAAAUACAGCAUCUUCAUAG